GUGAGUGCCGGCAUUCAGUUCUGCAGAGAGAGAGAUUGAUCCAGAGCUGCUCAGGUUAAACACUUCCCAAGUGGGAAGCAGAGCGUGUGGCUGGGAGCAUGGCGACCCCGGUGACCUCCAGAGGUCAAGCGCUCCAUCACUGAAGGGACGCGGCGUCUCACCUCUCUCUCUUCCUCCGCCGGGUUGAGACAACCUUUCAAUGUCAUUGCUCCGGGCUGCUGUUCUGGAGCCGCGCUUCACUCUGUCACACAUCAGCGUCAGGCAACACAAGAUAAUUACAGGCCAAAUCUGAUCCGGUGAAUGACAUGGACCGGAAUGAGCUCUCUCCCGGUUCGGAUGUUGCCAUGACGAAGAAAGCGGCCCAUAAGAGCGCGCCGGCGUACCACUGCGCCAAGAGUUGCCUGGAGUCCAACUCGGAUGCCGCGGGGUCGAACCUGAAACCCAAUCACGUCGCAGCGGAGGAGACGGACGACGCGGAGGAGGAAUCCAGCAAGUUUCAGCAUCCGCGCCUGAGGAGAGCAGGAGGAGGGAGCAGCGUCCAGAUUAAGAGCUGCGCACCGGGAGGAGGAGCGUCCAGGAGCUCCAGUUCCACCGAUGCGCGCCUGGGUGAUGCUGAUGCUGCUCCUGCGGGUCGCCACGACACCGUUAAGGGCGGAGGAGGAGGAGGCAAAGCGUCUACCGUAGUGGCCACCGUGACGGUAGAGGCUUGUAAUGCUACCGAAGGCGACGGCAAUCCCUCAGCACCGCUUUCCAGCAUGAAAUGCAACAAGAACGGGGAGUGCAGGCGGGACUCCGGCACCGGGAGCCUCCGGUCCAUCAUGUCCAAAUCCGACGGAAGCAAGCGCGCGGCGUGCAAUUCAAUGACCAGCGUGGACGCGACCAGCACGCAGGGGCAGGACGCCUCGAACCCCGGCGUCCCGGAGAAGAAGGAUUCCAAAGUGUCCUUUUCCAACGCCCCCAGCAGGAAAGCCUCGUCCUCCAUCCACGGCGCGCAGCAGCCCCGCAACUCGGUGACGUUCCUCAAAUCCGAGGAUGGAGCGCAGGAGGACGGCGAGACGCGGGGCAGCCAGGCGAGCUUCAUGCAGCGGCAGUUCAGCAGCAUGUUGCAGCCCGGGGUCAAUAAAUUCUCCCUGCGCAUGUACGGGAGCCAGAAGGCGGUGGAGAAGGAGCAGGAGCGCGUCAAAUCGGCCGGCAACUGGAUCAUUCACCCCUACAGCGACUUUAGGUUCUACUGGGAUUUCACCAUGCUUCUCUUCAUGGUGGGCAACCUGAUCAUUAUUCCCGUCGGCAUCACCUUCUUCAAAGACGAGACGACCACGCCGUGGAUCAUCUUCAACGUGGUCUCAGACACCUUCUUCCUCAUGGACCUGGUGCUCAACUUCCGCACGGGCAUCAUUAUCGAGGACAAUUCCGACAUCAUCCUAGACCCCAAGACCAUCAAGAAGAAGUACCUGAAGACCUGGUUUAUUGUGGACUUUGUCUCAUCCAUUCCGGUGGAUUAUAUCUUCCUGAUCGUGGAGAAGGGCAUAGACUCGGAGGUGUAUAAGACGGCGCGAGCUCUGAGGAUUGUGCGUUUCACUAAAAUCCUGAGCUUGCUGAGGCUGCUGCGUCUCUCCCGGCUUAUCCGCUACAUUCACCAGUGGGAAGAGAUCUUCCACAUGACGUAUGACCUGGCGAGCGCAGUGAUGCGGAUCUUUAACCUGAUAGCGAUGAUGCUGCUGCUGUGCCACUGGGAUGGGUGUCUGCAGUUUCUGGUGCCCAUGCUGCAAGACUUCCCCUCCGACUGCUGGGUCUCCCUCAACAAGAUGGUGAACGACACGUGGAGUGAGCUGUACUCGUUUGCCGUGUUUAAAGCCAUGAGUCACAUGUUGUGCAUAGGUUACGGUCGUCAAGCUCCGGAAAGUCUCUCUGAUAUCUGGCUGACGAUGCUCAGCAUGAUCGUCGGUGCCACCUGCUACGCCGUCUUCAUUGGACAUGCCACAGCUCUCAUCCAGUCACUGGACUCCUCACGACGCCAGUACCAGGAGAAGUACAAGCAAGUGGAGCAGUACAUGUCCUUCCACAAACUUCCAGCAGAUUUCCGUCAGAAAAUCCACGAUUACUAUGAGCACCGUUACCAGGGCAAGAUGUUUGAUGAAGAAAGCAUCCUAGAGGAGCUGAACGAGCCGCUCAGAGAGGAAAUCGUGAACUUCAACUGCCGUAAGCUGGUGGCCUCCAUGCCCCUGUUCGCCAACGCAGAGCCCAACUUUGUGACAGCCAUGCUGACGAAGCUCCGUUUUGAGGUCUUCCAACCAGGCGAUUACAUCGUCCGUGAGGGAACCAUCGGCAAGAAGAUGUACUUCAUCCAGCACGGCGUGGUGAACGUGAUUACCAAAGGAACGGUUGGCAUGAAACUUUCCGAUGGCUCCUACUUCGGAGAGAUUUGUCUGCUGACGCGAGGCCGUCGUACGGCGAGUGUGCGAGCGGAGACCUACUGCCGUCUGUAUUCGCUCUCCGUGGACAAUUUUAAUGAGGUUUUGGAGGAAUAUCCCAUGAUGAGGAGGGCUUUUGAGACUGUAGCCAUUGACCGACUGGACCGCUUGGGAAAAAAGAAUUCCAUCCUAAUGAACAAAGUGCAGCACGACUUAAACUCCGGCAUCUUAAACAACCACGAGAACGAGAUGAUCCAAGAGAUCGUGAAGUAUGACCGCGAGAUGGUGAAGCUGAUUGACCUGCAGCGCCCGCGCGCCAUGUCCAUGACGCCCUCCAUCCCCGGCGGGAUCUUUGCUCCGCAUGGCCAGUCGCAGGGCGGCAGCUCUGCCAUCGCUACUCUACAGCAGGCGGUGGCCAUGAGCUUCUGUCCCCAGUUCGGUCCGAUGGUGGGUCCCAGCACCAUGCAGUCGCCCCGGAUGGUGCGACGGUUCCAGGUAUUGCAAAACCUUGCUAGCCCAGUGGUGGUUUCUCCUCAGCAGUCUCAGCUGGGGCUUGGCGCGCUCGCCGGUGUCGCUAUAGCCAGUCCGCCGGUUCAAAGCCCGCUAGCGGCGGCAGGCGGACGAACUUUCCAGUACGGGAGUGGCCCGAUGGGUGCACGCUCCGGAUCUCAGCUCUCUCUCAUCCAACAGCAUGUCCCCAGUCCCACACGGCCCAAAGGAACCCAACCAUUGCAACAAACAGGGAGCCUGACCCAAGACGCCAGAGCCCUGUCUGCUUCCCAACCCUCCCUGCCACAAGAUGGCGCUCCGCCUGUCGCUCCCAGCCCGCCACCGUCGACCCGCGUCUCCUCGACGUCGAUCGGCCCACCUCAAGCACCCCAUCCUGCCAUCCCAGGGCCUUCUGGGGUCCGGAGCGCAGUUCUUCAGAGAAUGGCGCUGCCUCACCAGGCGUCCGCAGCCGCGGUUGGGAAUUACCCGUCUACGCCGCCCCCUACAGGCACUCCGCCCGCCGUAGCGGGACCGGACUCAGUUAUACGCAAGAAAGAUUCCAUAGUCAGCCUUCCCGAGACGGACUUCACAGCCAGAUCCCGGUUAUCGUCCAACCUCUGACGAGAACUCUGAGACUCUUUGCGAUACUUUUUGUGAGUCACAGUUCGUUCUUUUUGCUCGAGUCCCGCGCUCGUAGGGUGGCUUUUCAUAGGAACCAAAGGGAGGGCGUUCAGACAGAUUUAAGGUGUGGUCACAUUUACCGAAAUUUUGCGGGCGAAAUUAAGUCGUUCCAAUAGGAAUCCGUACAAUCGGGAGUUUCGCGCACAGUUGGUCUUUUGAAUUCACCACGUUGACCAAUGAAGCUGCAUGUUUUGAGAGUUUUGUGCUUUAUACAUCGCUACGCUGUUGAUGAAUUUUGCUGAAAUAUCGCUAAUGUGACCUCACCUUUACCGCUACUAGAUUUAACGUCUUCGCUACGAAUAGAUUCACGAGGUCGGAUGCCUCGCUAGUGUAGCUAGUGCCGCCCCUGUACAGCUUCAGAUGCCUCUUAAUAUAUUUGUCUUUAUCGUCUCGAGUGAAAGGGAGAAAUCCUGUCGUGUGUUACUGUGGUGUUUUCUGUAGAGUUCAUACAAUGCAAUCGGGCGACUAGAAAAUCAGGGACUUGCAAGGGAUGACAAUGAUGAGAUUUGGCGCUUCGCGAAAGUGUUUUGGAACGUCUCCAUUCUUUCUGUAUAAGCUCUACUUGUAGCAAUCUAAUUACUUGUCUUUCACUUUGUUGUAAAAUAUAGAUAAAAAAAAAAACAAGUAUUAUGGACCGCUGGUCGAUCUUAUAUCUUAAUGUAAAUAAAGAGGUAAAAAAGGGAAAAAAUAAGUUCUAAUAGAAAACACACAAAUUGUAUUUACUCAAACCAAAGUUGAGCUUGAACACAAGUUUUGGUUGUGUCUGUGUCAACUGAGAAAAACAAGUCAAACGAAAAUGUCCUCUAUUUAACUGCCUUGAUUCCGAGUUUAGAAGCCAUAUACAUGGUCUGUGUGUGCGUGCGUGUGUAUUUGUGCACAUAUGCUUAUUAUUCGUUUAAUUUAUAAAACUGUUUGAUCGAACGGGAGUGUAAUGCUUGCAUUUUUACGUGUCGAUAAAGGCAAUACUUCACUGCAUCGGGGUUGCACUGAGAGUCGAGGCUUGAAUGCAAUGGGUCGUUUAAAUUAGCAGGCAAACCAAAAUAAUCAUGCUGUUUUUUUGUGAUCCAUGUUGAUCUGCACAUGCAAUAUAAUUCUGCAAUAUUCUCGCCCUGCCUUUUAUACGAAAGCUUCAUAUCGCAGCAUAAGCAAUUUAAUCAGCGUUAUUCAGAGAAUCUUCGAAACCUCGUCUUUUAAAGUACUGGAUAAAGUUUGCGCAGCUUUCGCAAUAUGUUAUGAAAUUUGUCCUCGUUUUCUAAAGUUACAGGUAUUUUUUGUCACUUUAUGUUUGGGGGUCUACAGCAGUUGUGCGUUUCAGUGAUGGAAACAGGUUUUGUAAUGUGUUAUGGCUCUCUGUGCUGAUUUUUAUUUUAUUGUUGGGACAGUCACAAUAAACAGAAAAAUUCACAAUUUUGAAAAGGUCAAAGGUCAGAGAGGUUGGUUAUUCCAGUAGACCUUAAAAAAAUUGUAAUAUUUAAUUAAUGUAAGAAUAUAAAAAUAAAAAAGACAAUAUUAGCUAUAUAAUGUAAUAUUAUUGUAAAAAUAUAAUAUCUUCUAUAUCUAUUUAUUUAUUCUAUAUUUUACAGUUAAACAGUGACAUUUUUUAUAACAUUGCCUGUUGUGUUAAAAAUAGAUCCUAAUUUGCACAAAUUACUGAGUAUCUAAAACAUGCUGCAUAUUAAUGGCCUGUAAACGUUAUACAAAGUUUGUGCGUGGGCUCAGUUUGCAGGCCUGUGAGCGCUGGCUGAAUCGUUGAUUUGUUGAUUGCCUGUGAACAGAUGUAAACUAUUGGGUUGAUUUACGAACUUGUCUCUUUACAAGAAUGUAGUUGUUUGUUUCAUUGUCAACUGCUGCAGAUUUUUCUCACUUGAAGUUUGAAAAUUGUAAAUAUGACGCUGUAAAUUAUUUUAUGUGCAAACCCGGGCAGUAACAUAGGAAAAAUGAUUUUAGAAAAACAAAAACGAGAUUGGUGCAUAAUGGGUUUUGAAUGUAUGCCAAGUGGCAUUAUUGAUGUGACCUGAAUAUUAACAACUGCCAUGUAAAUAGAUCAGUAAUAAUUCAUGCAAAAUGGAAAUUGUGUGUAUUUGCCGAUUAUUUGUAGCGAUCACGUCCUAAGUACUUUAAUCAGAUACAUCUAGAAUGCUUUUAUUUUUCUAAGUCUUGUUUCUCUUACAGUGAUCCAUCUGUGGAUUAUAUUAACACAAAGCACACUGUGUCCCAUUAGCACCCUCUAUAGGACAGGUAUCAUCACAUUCCCCAGUUGUGCUGGAUGAAUUUGAGAUCGUGGGACUUGCGCGAUUGAAACAGGCAGCUUAAUCAAUUAAAACAAAACAAACAAACAUUGAAAAGAUUCCCUGAAACAACAGUGUAUUGAUUACUAUUGAUUUUACUAUAUACAGUAAGCCUGCAUUUACCCUGCUGAUAUGCACAGAUCAGAUCAUGUUGCAUGCAUGUUUGUGCAAGGGCACAAACACAAGCGAUCAUUUUUUUUUCCAUCUGAUCUGGCUCACUUUCAAAUGUGGUUCUGAAUCCGAAAUGUAUCUGAUGUGUGUGGUCAUCUGGUCAACAUCUUAGCACUUGUGUCCAGUGGUCUAAAAUCAUCACUUGGUGCUUUGCUAAGAUUAGUGAAUGCAUUGGAAUUGCACCGUUGCCCGUUGUGUCUUAAAGGAAUAGUUCACCCAAAACAUUUUAAUUUGCUGAAUAAUUGCUCACCCUCGGGCCAUCCAAGAUGUUUGCUUCUUCAUGUUUCUUCAUCAGAACAGAAAUGUAGCAUUACAUCACUUGCUCACCAAUGGAUCCUCUGCAGUGAAUGGGUGCCGUCGGAAUGACUCCAAACAGCUGCUAAAAACGUGUGUUUGUAAGAAACAAGUCCAUCAUUAAUACAUCAUUUUUAAUUUCAAACUGUUGCUUUUGAGUCCAUAAUCUAUAACAGGGGUCGGCAACGUCGGUCCUGGAGUGCUGUUGUCCUGCAGAGUUUAGCUCCAACCCUGGAAAAAACCUCACCUGCCUGUAGCCUCAGUAAUCCCAAAGGCCUUGAUUAGCUUGCUCAGGUGUGUUUGAUUAGGGCUAAACGCUACAGGACAGUGGAACUCCAGGACCGACAUUGCCUACCCCUGAUCUAUAAUAUUGGUUCCUCCAAUUUAAAAAGGCAUCUCGUCUGAAUCUUGAGAGAAAUCUGCACAGAUCAAGCACCGUUUACAAGCCCAAACAGUCCAAAACAGCUCUAAACUAAUACGUGGGUGAAUUUUGAUGUGAGAGACAACAGGCGAUAGACUUUUUCCCCUGGAGGAGGCGUCAUUAUGGACGUGUUUUGGCCAGAAGAAAUUAUUUUAAAUUUAAAAUGCCAUAAUGAUGGAUUUGUCCAUUCACUGAGCAAGUGAUGUAGUGCUAAAUUUCUCUAAAUCUGUUCCCAUGCAUGAAGAAACAAACUCAGCUACAUAUUGAAUGGCACGAGGGUGAGUACAUUUUCAUUUUUAGGUGAGUGUAAACAUAUUAGAUCUGUGCAUUAGGCAUUGCAUUGUAAAGACAGCACAACACCACAUCUACACUGGAAGCAGAUUUAAAAAAAACAAAAACAUAACUGGUAUAAAAUUUACUUUUAAUGGAACAUCAUAAAUUAGCUAAGUAAUGGUCAAACAUUUAACCCUGUAAAGCCUGACAUAUUAAAUAAUAGUCAAAAAUUUUGGAGAAAAAGUUUAUUGAACCUUAAUGCAAAGUAUAAAAGUCUAAAAAUGAAAUCAUAUUUGCUUUUGUGGUUUAUAGAGUGUGAUACAGUGAGAAUAUGGAGCUCAUACAACUAAAUAAGCAAAAAUAGGCAAUUUGGUGCAGAUGCUGAUUAAGAUAUUAGCUUGUAAUGUAAAUCAAUGAGAUCUUUAUAACAGUAUAGCAGACUACUUAUCUCUCAAUAAUAUGCCUUAUAAAGAUAAUAUGUUUGAUGAUCAAAACAUAUAAUGCAAUGCAAUACUAUUAUGACUGAAAGAUGAACAAAUAAACUUUCCUCAAAUGAUCAUAUCUUGAUUUUUCUAAACAGAAUUGUGAAAAAUAAUCGAAAGAAGCUAAAAAAGUCUAAACUAUCAAUCAGACAACAGAAGGCAUGUAGUAGAUUGUGUGCAACAGGUUUAACAGUGUAUAAAAUAUUAUACAGUAGGCUUUAUAGUGUUAAAUACAUAGGUUUACAUUUUCAUCCACAGCAAGUUACAUUGCAUUUAAGAUAUGCAUUUAAUCAGAUCAUGCAUUCUGGGAAUAACCAUGCUGUUUGAGCUACAGGAAUGCAAGAAAUUCAAUUAAUAAAAUAAUAAUUUUAUUGCAGACUGAGUGAAAAACAAAUGGUCUGAAGAAGCCAUGCAAAAAUAGAAACAAGGCAUUUGUCAACUGAUAGCAUGUUGCUGCCAUUGUAAACAGCUCUGUUGGUUAUAAUGGCAGCUUUUUGGUUUUAAAAUUUAGCGGUGCAACGCUUGCAUCCAGUGUAGAUGCGGUCUAAAGGCAUAAUUUCAGUCAAACCUAAAAAAGCCCCAAUAAAGACAGCAAACUGUACCUCCACAAGCAUCUCCUGUAACAUAAGAAUCUGAUGAUAUUAAUCUGAGAAAGGAAGCUAGGAAAUGACAGUCCGUUGACCGAUUGGUUCGUUGAAACUUUAUCACAGGAUUGCAAUGUAAUCUCUCUUAUUUGGUUUCUCAGUAAAGGCACAUUCUGUUUCCUGCGAAUAAACGUUUCAGUUCUGCUAGGGCUUUAUGUUCUCUCUCCCAAGGACACACACCGCGCUUUAAUUCGCUUCAAGCGUUGGUCGAUAAGGAUGGGUAUGGCAGUGAAUGUAUGCGAAUAACUGGACCGUUUUAAUUACAUAUGUACACACGUUUGCAUAUGUAAUGGUUUUAGCCCUAAUUAAGCUGCUGUCUGAUUGUUCGAAUGGAGAUCGCAGCCAAAUGUGAGUAUUUUAACGUCGCUCCACGGCAGACUCAUAUAGUACCCACUCACGCUCUCACCGCAGGCCUCGUCUGCCGUUAAGUCAUCUGUGUGGAAAACGUGACAGUUUUAUUCUGCUUUUCCAGUGCGGAAAGGCUGGCAGAUGCGAGCGAGGCAAUCUUCCCUGCUAGCGCUUGAAGGACAGGCGGACAGAUUGACGGAACAUUCCUCCAUAUUUCCCGGCAUCAAAUGUAAAUCAGGGUACUUUAUGUUUCUGGUAGGAGAAGUGUUUUUUUUGUUGUUGUUUUUUCUUCUCCCUCGUCUGUCUGUUUCUUUUCUGUUUUGACAAUGUGCCCCAAUGCACAAUGUACUGUAAAUACCUAGUGCCUAGUAUAUCUAGUUUCCAAAUAGUCUAUUUUUAGUCGUAUGUGGCUCUACGAAAGACAAAAUGCAAAGUUUAUGUGUCUUUUCUUUUUUAAAGGAAAUGUUCACCCAAAAAUGAUUUGCUUUAAAGCAUCUUCACGCAGCUCUUUUCUAUAUACAAAGUUCAUUGUAACCAUGUUUAUCAGACUACAAAAAAAGACAAUAAACAUAUAAAAACAACCUUACAAUGGAAAAAAAAAAAAAAAAAAUCUUAAUCAGUAUUUUUGUCUUGUUUUCCAAAUAUCUACAUAUUCUUAAACCAAUAUUUCUUGAGAAGCAAAAUUACAAGAUAUUAAGUCAGUUUUCAAUGUAUCAAAAUACAAAUAACAAAUAGCUGCCAAUGGGUUUUAAAAAAGUAGACUUUCAUCAAAGUUUCACUUUCAAGUACAAUUCAUAGGGAAAACAAGAUUAAUUUUCAUACCGCACUCAUAGGUAUUUUGUUCUCGUUUUUAAGCAAAAAACUUGCUUUUUUAAGUAGAAGUAUUUUGAUUUAAGAAUGUAUUUGUAUUAUAUUUGUAAUGGAAAACAAGACAAAAAAUAUUACCCAAAUAUUACCUUUUUUCGCAGUGUUAUUUUAGGUAAA